AUUACUUUUUUUUCGUUUAGUCCUAUAUACUACUUGCAAAGCUAAGCUAUGCACUCUGUCCGUCGCCUUCGGCUACUUCGUGCGGCGUUCACACCUACCAGUCAGAUCCGCCAAAUUCACCUGUCUAAUAUGUCGUCGAAGCCAGUGCGUGCUCUUAUCAUGGGUCCUCCAGGAUCGGGUAAAGGAACUGUCUCUGAACGCAUUGUUAGCACUUUUAAGGUAACACACUUAUCGAGUGGAGAUGUGCUCCGAUCCCAAAUCAAAGAAGGUACAGAAGUUGGCUUGAAAGCAAAAGCGAUCGUGGAAAAGGGAGGGCUUGUACCUGACGAAGUCAUGAUAGAACUGAUAAUGGCCAAGAUGAAGGAGUUAUCUGGAGAGAGCUGGCUUUUAGAUGGUUUUCCAAGAACUGUUGUGCAGGCAGGGAAGCUGGGCGAUAAACAGGAGCUUGAUGUUGUAAUAAACUUAGAUGUUCCAUUUGACACCAUAAUUGAUAGAAUUUCAAAACGUUGGAUACAUCCAGGUAGUGGGAAGACAUACAACUUGGAUUUCAACCCUCCUAAAGUUCCAGGAAAAGAUGAUGACACAGGUGAGGAUCUUGUUCAAAGGGAUGAUGAUAAGCCUGAGACUGUGCGACAGAGAUUAAAACAGUAUGAGGAAAUGACAAAGCCACUUAUUGAUUUUUAUACGAAACAGGGAACACUUAAGUCAUUUUCUGGGACGGAAACAAAUGUAAUAUGGCCUAAAGUCAAAGAUUAUCUUGCUAAAAAUUUCUUCAAACAAUAAGAAACUGUUGGAAUGUGAGACAAAUUCCUCAACUGUUUAUUUUAUAUAAUUGUUCACAAGUUGUUUAUUAGGUAUUUUUCUCGGGUUCAGUGAGUAUUGUUAAAUACUCACCUAUCUUUUGGCAAAUAAUUUUCAGAUAUCAUUCUUUGUGUAUGAAGCCUUCAAUUAUUAAUGGUUGGUGAAGGUUUCCUAGUUGGAUAUGGAUUUAACUCACUAACAGUGGUCAUAUUCUGCUGUUUAGUAAUUUUUUAUAGAUUAUCUUGUUUAGAUUUUCAGGUCCAAAUCUUUGCAAAUGAAAAAUUACAAAUUUUUUCCAAUGUCCAAAGCAUGUGUCAAAAAAACAAAAAUCGCUGAUUAGCAAAUUGCAAGUUCUAUGCUCUCACAAAAGAAAACUGAUCAAAUGGGAAAGAGUUGUGUAAUUCAGGUUAUUAUUUGUGGGCUCAAUCCUUUAACUCCCAUGAGUGACCAAGACAGAAUUUCUCCAUACCUAAUCAAUACAGUAUCAAGUAGACAAGUGUUGAGAGUAAAGAAAGAUAUCAAGUUGGGGA